AACUGCUCCAUUCCAUAAGGCUGAGUGUUGGUCCGCUGCUCGCUCAAUUUCAGUUCUUCUAGUGCCGUGCUCGCGUUUAGACGUAGAAGUCUCUCAAUUUUCCGUGAAGUGUUCUGUUUCAAUAGUUUUUCUCCUUCUUUAAUUUGAACCCAAGAAACGAAAUCGUUUGCUACCAAGCAGUAAUUAAAACCGCGAAUCAACCAACCGCACACCUAUCCGCUUCCCGUAAGUGACAUCGUCAGCAGUAGCAGCAGCAGUAACGACAACAACAACAACAGUAGCAACAUGUCGACCAACCGUGCUCCAAAAUCCGGAUUUGCCGCCGAGGCUCAGAGAAAGAUCAACUCCAAGUACAGCGAAGAGCUGGCCGCCGAAUGUCUGGAAUGGAUCAAGGAGGUAACCGGUGAACCGAUCAACACCUCCGGCGAGAUGGACAACUUCUACGAGGUGCUCAAGGACGGUGUUCUGCUGUGCAACCUGUCCAAUGCGAUCGAAACCGGUUCGGUGAAGAAGAUCAACACCAGCAAAAUGGCCUUCAAGUGUAUGGAGAACAUUUCGGCUUUUCUGGAGAGUGCCAAAAAGUUCGGCGUUCCUCCGCAGGAAACCUUCCAGACGGUGGAUCUGUGGGAACGGCAAAACCUGAACUCGGUCGUCAUCUGUCUGCAAUCGUUGGGCCGGAAAGCCGGUAAGUACGGGAAACCAUCGAUCGGACCGAAGGAAGCGGACAAGAACGAGCGCCAGUUCUCGGACGAGCAGCUGCGGGCCGGACAGACGGUCAUCUCGCUGCAGUACGGUUCCAACAAGGGUGCAACCCAGAGCGGAAUCAAUUUCGGCAACACCAGACACAUGUAAGCGGGGUUUAGUGUGGUGUGUGUUGGUUUUAUCGGUUCGAUUUUUGAAUAAGCAGUUACAGUAAGAACGAAGUUUUUGAAAAUUCUUAUAACGACAACGAAUUGGGCAGCAUACAUAAGAAGAAAAAAAGGGUUCUAGAAUCCACCAUACAAUUCCAGAGAGAGAGACAUGUUUUAUUAUACCACUGUUAGAAACGGGCCGAGGUUCAUUCUUGUGGACCCUGCCGUAAGACAAAAGUUUGUUGCUAUUAAAGAAGUAGGAUUCAAAAAAUCCCUUGACCAUACAAGAGUACAGGUAGUAAGUUAAACAGUUUCACAAAACAUAUAAAUGUGUAGAUAAAGAAACUCGCCGUUGCGAGACAUUAUGGUCUAUUUCCAGUUACACAAAGACAACCUUCUCCAUGGUAAGUGACAAAAUAACAAAACUUAGAGUGCUCUUAUUACACACAAAAGUAGAACAAAAAAUAUUUUCUCGAUAAUCGACGUUCUUGUAUCUAUUGGUAUGAGGGGAAACAAACGAUAGAGCCUUAUUGUUAGACGGAAUAGCCUGUUCCAUUCCAUUUCUACCCGAAAGUAAAGGUCGGUUCUUUAUUUUUGUUUUACCAGACAGGCUAGGUUUUACUCAUUCCAGAGAUGUCGUAUUGUAGGCAAAACAUUCCAACGGUAGCAACACAACAACGGAACGGAAGUUUAGUAGAAAUAGAUAAUAGUCAUGCCAAAUUAGCGUGUUUUUGAAACAAGUAAAUAAAUGCAUAUUUUUGGUGCCAUCAGCAGCAAGCAAAACCGUAAUUAAUCAAUCUAUUUAUUAUACACUCUCGUUGAAAUGUAUCACCAUUAGAGCACAUAUACAGGAUAUAAAACAAUAAGGCGAAGAAAUCAGCAUUUUUUAAAUUUAGUUCGUUUUUUUUUAAAUAUAUAUUCGGGGAUGGUUACUUAAACUCAGGCUGACAAUCAAGAAAGAGAAGAAGACGAAAAUACUGGUCGGACCAUAAGAAUGCCUUAAGUAAUGGAAAAUAAAAUUUGACAAUUAGAUGGAAGUUGAUUCAUAUUUUUAUAUAUCUGUACUUUUUUUUGGAUGAUGUUGUAAAUCAAAGGAAAAUCAAUUGGUCAUUGAUGCCACUUCUUUGUUUUUUUUUUCUAAGUAUAUUUAUCCGUACUUUCGUAAAUUAUUGAAGAGUGAACUUUUGUUUGUUUGCUACCAUUUUGUCAUGUUUUUGGGUAAGUUAUUGUUUAAAAAUAAAACUUUAAACACAACCAACAA